AUGUCUAGUUUUUCAAGAUUGCUAUCAACAAUCUCCAAGAAAGUUGUGAAACCUUUUUCUCCCACUCCAUCAACUCAAAAAAUUCACAAACUUUCACUUCUUGAUCAAUGUAUGGGUAAUUUUUAUAUGCCCCUUGUAUUAUUUUACCCAAAACAUCAACUAGAACAAGGCCCAAAACAACUCUCUAAACUUCUAGAAACUUCAUUUUCAAAAGUAUUAACUUAUCAUCAACCAUGGGUUGGAAGUUUAAGAGAUAAUGCAACUAUUCAUUGUGAUGGCACUGGUGCUGAGUUUUUUGAAGUUGAAGUUAAUUGCCCAAUGGAUCAAAUCGUUCAUCGUCCAGACUUAACAUUUCCUCCAGGGUCACCCUGGAAGAAUGUUCCUCAUGUAAAUGAUGGUGGCCGGUUGAGCGUAGCUCAACUUAGCCAUUUUGAUUGUGGUGGAAUAGCAAUAAGUGUUUGUAUGUCACAUAAGGUGGGUGAUGCGCGUAGCGCCUUUUCCUUUUUGAAGGAUUGGGCUACAUUAACUCGACAACAAUCAAAUGAUCAAUUAUCAUGUCCAUCAUAUUCAAAUGAUCAAUUAUCAUGUCCAUCAUAUUCAAAUGAUCAAUUAUCAUGUCCAUUAUAUUCAAAUGAUCAAUUAUCAUGUCCAUCGUAUUAUGUUCAGGAUUCAUUAAUGCCAUCUCUACCCGAUGGUCCACUAAAGUUCCCUGUUGUGGUUGAGCCAAAUGGAGAAGAAAGUAUAGAAUUUGAAAAGAGGUUUUUUUUAUCUGAAUCAAAUAUAAGAGCUCUCAAAGCAUUGAUCGUUGAUGAUCCAUCAUCAAUAGUGCAAAACCCAACUACAACUGAGGUUGUUAGUGCAAUUGUUUACAAAUGUGCAGCAAUUGCUGGUGCAAACACAUCAAAUGGUAACAAUGACUCUUCAUCUCAAAUGGUUUUCGUAUCCGAUUUACGAAAAACAAUUCCACCUUCGAUAAAAUCAACAUCAACAAUCGGGAACAUUCUCACCACCUUCUCGACACCAAUGUAUAACCUAGAAGACCUGAGGCUACCAAAAUUAGUAGCUGAUAUAAGAAAGUCCAAACACGAGCUUUCCACCAGAGACAAUUUCAAUGAAAACAGAUGGGUAUCAGAGAUGAUAGAAUACGCAAAUAAGAUAAAUACAGGAACAGGAUAUGAGCUAUCGUAUCGUCGAGAUAGUUCAUCUCACGAUGUGUAUCGAUGUAGCAGUGUAUGUAAUAUUCCAUUUCAAGAUUUGGAUUUUGGAUGGGGGAGACCAACAAGAGCAAGCAUAGCAAGUACACCAUUUAACAAUAUGAUUUAUUUGAUGAAUACACAAGAUCAAAAUAGAGGAAUUGAAGUGUUUAUUAACUUGGAUCAACAACAAAUGUCCAUUUUUGAACAAGACAAGGAGUUUCUACAAUUUGCUAGUCCUGUUGGUGAUAAUAAUGUUCAUGAGGAUAAAGAGAAAUUAUAUUGUUUAUAA